AUGCCCACCUUCGAUUGUCUCGUCGACCCCAACCCAGACCUGUGCGAAAAAAGCCACAGCGGCAUUCCCUACCCCAAACUGGAACCCUUUGCUCGCAGCCUACUUGGCACCCAGAACUACUCCGACCUUGAAGACCUCAUCGACGCGAUGGAUCUGACCGCGGAGUGGGGCAACGAGCACCUGCCUCUAGACGACCCGCCAGAUAGAGAGUACCUGGAGAAGAAGAACGCCAUGUUUGAGGCCGCGUUGCCGGAAGAUUUGCCCGGGGGGAGGCUUGGGUUGUUGUCGCUGUCGCCGAGGCCGCGGAGGGAGUGGGAGAAGAUGGUGAGGGGUAAACAGCGCCGGAUCGGGGAUGAGACGCCAAGGGAGCGGUUCAUUACGCGCUUUCGGAAGGUUGGGUCGAGUGAUCCGAGGGAGAAUACGAGGAGGGAAGUGUAA